GCCCAACACAGUUACCGAGCUGGCCGUCGCGCCCUGCACGUCCCGCUGACCGCGUGCCUGUUUCUGAGAAAUGUCUCACGACGGGACGGAAGGCGCCGCCAGCAGCCCGGUGACUGCGACGGCGGGAGAACCGGUCCUGCAGCCGAGCGUGGUGGACCGCGUGGCCGGCAUGCCCCUCAUCAGCUCCACCUGCAACAUGGUGUCGGCCGCCUACGCCUCCACCAAGGAGAGCCACCCCCAUGUCAAGACCGUCUGCGACGCGGCCGAGAAGGGCGUGAAGACCCUCACGGCGGCCGCCGUCAGCGGGGCCCAGCCCAUCCUCUCCAAGCUGGAGCCCCAGAUCACAUCGGCCAGCGAGUAUGCCCACAGGGGGCUGGACAAGCUGGAGGAGAAUCUGCCCAUCUUGCAGCAGCACACGGAGAAGGUGCUGGCAGACACCAAGGGACUCGUCUCGUCCACGGUGUCGGGGGCCCGAGAAGCCGUGUCCAACACGGUGUCCAGCGCCAGGGACACAGUGGCCACCCGAGUGACCGAGGUGGUCGAUGUGACCCGGGGCGCUGUGCAAACUGGUGUGGACGCCACCAAGUCUGUGGUGGCCAGCGGUGUCCAGACGGUCAUGGGCUCCCGGGUGGGCCAGAUGGUGCUGAGCGGGGUGGACACGAUGCUGGGCAAGUCCGAGGAGUGGAUGGACAACCACCUGCCCCUGACGGACGCUGAGCUGGCCCGCCUCGCCACGUCCCUGGAGGGCUUCGACAUCGCCUCGGUGCAGCAGCAGCGGCAGGAGCAGAGCUACUUCGUGCGCCUGGGCUCGCUGUCGGAGCGGCUGCGCCAGCGGGCCUACGCGCACUCGCUGGGCAAACUGCGGCAGAGCCGGCAGCGGGCCCACGAGGCCCUGAUGCAGCUGGCGCAGGCGCUCAGCCUGAUGGAAACCGUCAAGCACGGAGUCGAUCAGAAGCUGGUGGAGGGUCAGGAGAAACUGCACCAGAUGUGGCUCAGCUGGACCCAGAAGCAGCCCCGGGGCACGGAGGAGACCGCGGCCAAGCCCGAGCAGGUGGAGUCUGCCCCUUCCCAGCAGGUGGAGUCCCGGACGCUCACCAUGUUCCGGGACACUGUGCAGCAGCUGCAGGACACCUGUGUGUCACUGGGGUCCAGCGUCCAGGGGCUGCCCGCCCACGUGAAGGACCAGGUGCAGCAGGCUCGCCACCAGGUGGAGGGCCUCCAGGCCACCUUUUCCGGCAUCCAUUCCUUCCAGGACCUGUCCAGCACCAUCCUGACACAGAGCCGAGAGCAGGUGGCCAAGGCCCGAGAGGCCCUUGACCAUAUGGUUGAGUACGUGGCCCAGAACGCGCCCAUCAUGUGGUUGGUCGGACCCUUUGCCCCGGGAGUCGUGGAGAAAACCCCGGAAGUCGCGGAGAAAGCCCCAGAAGAGAAGAAAUAGGAAUGUCAGAAGGGGGCUCGAGGGACUUAGCCUCUCCCCAAGGGGUCAGCAGGAGCGCUGGACCCCUCGCCCCCUCGCCCUGCUUGGAACGUGUGUGUCUUCCCUUCCUCCCAACGCAUCUCACGUCGGGGAGCCCCCUCUGCGAGCUUGGAAGACACACAUUCUGAGUCUUUCUUCCAUCAGGCAUUAGGGGGAGGUUUCCAGAAACAAGUUUUUUCCUAGAAGUUCCUCAGCGCCCCUCCCCCACCCUCGCUUUUGUUUUUGUUUUUCUUCUUAGAAACAAAGGAUAGAUUUCUUUCAUCCUACAUCAAGGCCCCUAGAUAUCGGCCUUUAGCUAACGGACUUGGACUUCUGGCCUGCGAAGCGGCCCUUCUGGGGCCUGGGGUGGAGGCGGAACUGCCGAGACCCAUUCUAGAGCAGACGGGGGCCGGGGUCUCCCUGCCCAGUCGUGGGUGCAUGGAGUUUCACUGUCGCCUUAAUAAAUUUUACCUGCAGCUAAGUA